AUGAACUGGCUCGGUCUAGGAAAGUCCACCGACACCCCCUCCUCAACUCCUUCAGAACCCCAGUCCGUCCGAGCCCUCCCCGCAUCAUGGUACCGCUCGCCGGGCAUGUACGAGCUAGAGCGCCGCGCCAUCUUCUCGAAGCGGUGGCUGCUCGUCUCGCACAAGGCGCGCUUUGUCGAGGCCGGUGACUUUGUGCAAAUCACGGAGGCGGGGUUCAACUUCUUCCUCGUCAAGGACCGUAAGGGCGAGAUCCGCGGACAUCACAACAUCUGCCGGCACCGUGCGUAUCCGCUUGUGGAGACGGACAGCGGGCACAUGAGCGUGCUUGCUUGCAAGUAUCAUGCUUGGUCGUACGGGUUCGACGGCAAGUUGGCCAAGGCGCCAAAGUACCAGGAGCUCCCGUCCUUCGAUAAGACGCAGAACAGUCUGUUCAAGGUCCACGUCCACGUAGACCAGCUGGGCUUCGUCUGGGUUAACCUGGAUGCGUCGGAGAAGCCUGGUGUCUCGUGGGAAGAGGUCUUUGCGCAGGUUGACGAACAGCCGCGGCUGCAGAACUUCAAGAUGGAUGAUUACGUGUUUGAUCAUGCUUGGGAGAUGCUUGGUGAUUACAACUGGAAGACUUUGGCCGACAAUUACAACGAGGUAUGGCACCCUGCCGUUGCCAGCACCACAGACCUGACCAAGUACUGGGUCGAGACGAGGGGCAACUGGAUCCAGCACUGGAACGUGGACAAGCCGGAUGUCCAGGGCUUAGGCAUCUACAGUACAUUCUACUACCCCAACGCGUCCAUGACUGUCACACCAGAUUUCAUGUACAUCAUGCGCUGCGUCCCCGUCUCCGCCACCCAGACGAAGAUGGAGUACGAGGUGUACCGCAACAAGAACUCGACGGAGGAAGAGUUCACCAGCAUCUCCGAGUUCUUCAAGCAGGUUCUCCGCGAGGACAAGGACCUCUGCAACGGCGCGCAGAGGAACCUGAACGCGGGCAUCUUUGUGAACGGGGAGCUUCACCCGCGGGUGGAGAAGGGGCCGCUGUUCUUCCAGCAAAUUACCCGAGAUCUCGUGGUUAGUCAUAGGCAAAAGGAGGUGAAUGACGGCGGUGAGAUCUGGCCCGCUACGCCUCGGCACGAGGUCUCGAAGAAGACGGACGAGGAUGUGUCUUUUUGCAAGGGGCUUGAUUGUAUUGCUAGUCCUGAGCGGAUGGAAGGGUUGGCUUGGUGA